AUGGCCACCCAAACUUCUCAGGAAGGGUGUGAUAGAUGCCCGUGGCAGCCCGACCUCGGCCUUCGGAGAUCUAUCCGAGUUCAUGUCGCCAACCAACACCGUCAGGGGUUGGGAGUGAAGCCCGACCAACCUUUGCGCAACCAAUCCAACACUGCCGAAAUUCAGGAGCCAGUCAACGACCGCCCCGAAGGCUUGAUUGAUCAGCCCGAAGUGCUCAACGUGAGCAUUGAGGAAGACACCGACCAAAGCAACCGAAGCACCCCCGAGACUGAGGCGGGAUCUGGUGCUACUGCCAACGCUGGUCGAGUCUACCAGAACAACUUCUACAACAGCACUGUGUACAACUUCAACAUGUAA